GUUUUGAGCACUAUGCUAGAUCUGGUUGUGAUGGGGAAUGAAGUAAUAUCAUAAUGUAGAAUUCAUCACCAGAACUACUCAUCUGGAAACAUGGGAGUCGUACAACAGUUUUGGGUUCUUAUAUGGAAAGGUCUGUUGCUUCGCCGACGCCACUACGUUAUCACAGGAUUUGAGAUAAUAAUUCCUCUCUUGCUAGCAGCACUUCUUGCCUACCUCAAGACCCAUGGUACACCAGAAUCAGAAAUGAAAGUUUCAAUAAGAAAUAAUGCUACUAUUUUUGUUUCCAAAGAUCCACUGACCCUUUUCCCUGAAAAUAACGUCAUUAAUGAAAGUUUUCUUUUCUGCCCUCAAAAUAAAAGAAAUAGGAGAUUGUUGGAAAAAGCCUUUGGGAAGAUUGAAAAAUUAAACAUGAAUUUUAAUACUCCAAAUUUACAAGGAGUUGAUUCUGAACAUGACAUUGAAUUACAUGCAUCAAAAGCAUAUUCAGACCCAGAUUUUGAUCCAUACUUUACUGGUGGAAUUAUAUUUGAAGAUGUUGGUAUCAGUCCUUACAGCUUAGCCUAUAAAGUACGUUUACCAAGCUGGAAAUACUCGUAUUCAAUUCAAACAUCAAACCUUUAUCCAUCAUUUCUUAGUUUUGGACCAAGAACAUAUGAGAGUUACCAGAGAAGUGGGUUUUGGUGUCUCCAAACUGCUGUUGCUCUGAGUCACAUUGAAAUGCUACAGGAGGAUAAUAUUAACAUGAAAAAAGACAUUUCGUUUGCUACAAAAAUGCAUCGAUAUCCUUAUCCAACAUACAUUGAAACACAUUUUAGUUUUGUAAACCAGCUUCCUGCACUGAUUGUUAUUGGCUUUCUCAUUUUGUGUCCAGUUAUUGUCCGAAGAAUUGUGGAUGAAAAAUCCAGGGGAGCAAAGGAAAUGAUGCGAAUGAUGGGACUAAAUGACUGGUGUUAUUGGAGUGCUACAUUCUUCAACAACUUUCUUGUUAUGCUGUUCAUAUCAGCCAUCUUCACAAUCUUAUUUAAGACGAACUUUAGAAAAGACAUUGCUCUACUUUACCACACUGAUGGAUUUUUGUUAUUUAUUAUUCUACUUUUGUACAGUGCAGCUACAAUACUCUUUUGUAUCACUAUCAGCACAUUUUUCAAUAAACCUGUGGCUUCAGUGAUCUGCACAAUUAUUCUAUGGGAGUGCAGCUUUUCUGUUCCUCAGAAUUUAAUGGAUCCGUAUGGUGGCAGCAAGUAUGGUGACACAUCUCUGAGUCUGAAACUUGCCUCUUGCUUGUUACCUAACAUGGCAAUGCAUUGGGCAGUGCGAGUAAUGUCUACAUUUGAAUCAUUUAAAGAAGGAGCAACAUGGACUAACCUAGGGAAGGCUGCUUUACCAGGAGAUAAUCUAACUCUUGGUGGCAUUAUGGGCAUGAUGAUAGCAUCAUUGGUUGUUUAUGGGGUUAUAAUCUGGUAUGUUGAUGCAGUCUGGCCUUGGCAGUUUGGAAUACCGAAACCUUUUUAUUUUCCUUUUAUGCCAUCAUACUGGUGCAAAAGGAAACCAAGUCUUACUCCUAAAGAUGAAGAACUUGAUGAUACUAGCAAAAGAAAUUUUUUUGAAGAAGAUCCCGUGGAACAAAAACCUGGUAUAAUACUAUCUCACCUUUCUAAGGUAUAUGGAUGGGGUAGGCAACGUAAGAAUGCUGUGAGCAAUGUUUCUCUCAAAAUUUACAAAGGACAGAUAACAGCUUUGCUUGGACACAAUGGUGCAGGGAAAACAACAACAAUGAAUAUGCUAACUGGUCUCUUCCCACCAUCAAAAGGAACUGCUUCUGUCAAUGGUUACGACAUUCUUAUUGACACUAAAAAGGCACGGCAGAGCUUGGGACUGUGUCCACAGCACAAUGUUCUGUAUGAUGAUUUAACUAUUGAGGAACAUCUGAAGUUCUUUGCAGGGGUAAAAGGAUGCUUAAUGAAAGAUAUUAGAGAGGAAGUAGACAGCAUUCUUCACCUUCUGGAUCUUCAGAAUAAAAGGAGUGAACUAGCCCAGAAGUUAUCUGGUGGAAUGAAAAGGAAAUUGUCCUUGGGAAUAGCAAUGAUCGGAAAAUCAGAGGUCCUCGUAUUGGAUGAACCCACAUCUGGUAUGGAUCCUAGUGCUAGACGUAUUAUCUGGGAUGUUUUACAGGGUAUGAGACAGAGAAGGACCAUCCUGUUGACUACUCAUUACAUGGAAGAGGCUGAUACACUCAGUGACAGGAUUGCUAUCAUGGCUAAUGGAAAAGUUCAAUGUUGUGGGUCACCACUGUUUUUGAAGAAAAAGUUUGGUGCUGGUUAUUAUCUAAGAAUAGCAAAGGGAGAUUUGUGUGAAAUGGACCAAGUGACUCAAGUGGUGCAGAAACAUGUAACAGAUGCUUAUCUUGAGGACAGUAUGAACACUGAACUUCUCUAUUCACUAGCAAGUAAUCAGACUUCAUCUUUUCCAUCCUUGUUCCAUGAACUGGAGAAAUCAAAAGAUAAGCUUGGUAUAACAGCUAUUGGUGUGUCUGUGACUACCAUGGAAGAUGUGUUUAUGAAGAUAGGGCAGAUUGCAGAAGAUGCAGUGAAAGAAAGUAGUACUUCUAGAGAGCCUACUAAUGAAUGGGAAGAAUCACAUACUGAGACCAUUGCAGUUAUGCAAAGGUCAGACCUACCAAAGUUGACUGGAUUGAUGCUGUUUUUCCAACAACUGAAAGGAUUAUUAAUCAAACGAUUCCACUAUACCAAACGUCACUGGGUUUUGGCAUUGUUUCAACUUGUUUUACCUAUUUUGAUCAUUUGUUUGAUGAUAUGGCUAGAUAAACUCUCCAGUGGAGGACUGUCUAAUGACUCCCCACCUCUCAGAUUGGACCUUAAAGGAAGCUUUGGUUAUACAAAAGGUUUUUAUGCGUACACUGGUAAUAUGGAUCCAAAGUGGAUCACUCUAUACAAACAAACAUUGGAACGUGCUGGUGUUGAGGUGAAAGAAAAUGUCUCAGAUCCAAACAAAUAUCUCCUGGAAAUUGGAGAAGAUGAUUUCAGCAGUUUUGUCAAAAAACAUAUGGUUGGAGGUGUUUUUAAAUCUUCAGACAACAUUUUAAAAUUAACUUCAUGGUACAAUGGAGAACCAUAUCAUGUUGCAGCAAUGUCUUUAAAUUUGAUGCAUACCACGAUGCUACGUUAUGUAACAGAAGUUGAUACAGCUUCCAUAACAGUGGUAAAUCAUCCUUUAACAGGAAGCACCAUUAAAACUUUAAAGAAUGUGGCAGCUAGUUUUGUUAGCCGAUUUCUUUACACAAUUUUUCUACCAAUUGCUUUCACUUUAUUUUCUUCAGCUUUUAUUUUGUUUCCAGUUGAGGAAAGAAUUUCUAAGGCCAAAUUAAUUCAGCUGAUGACUGGAGUUAAAGGAAUUACAUACUGGAUGAUGAACUUUGUCUGGGAUUUCAGCAUUCAUUUUGUUUGUUCUGUACUUCUUCUUAUUCCGUUUUUGGCUUAUGACCCUAACAAUAUUUAUUCUGGUCAACCUGAAUCCAUAGGUGCUCUAUUCUUGUUGAUGCUACUCUAUGGCUUUACUUCAAUUCCACUGAGCUAUAUCUUCUCAUUCUUACCCAAGUCGCCAUCCACAGGUUUUGUUUUGCUUGCUAUAAUCAACAUUAUUGGAGGAAUGGUACUGUCUCUAAUAUGUUUGAUAAUAGAAUCUGUCAGACCUGAUCUAGAAGAUACAGUUAAUAUACUGUGUUGGAUAUUUCGCUUUAUUCCAAACUUUGCUCUGACAUGGGGAUUUGGAAACAUCAACAGAAUCAGCCAAGUAAACAACUUGUGUGAUAAAAUUACAAAGGAAAACAUGAAUGAUAUAUGCCCUGUUCUUAUUACACUUGGCAAUGAUCUCACAGUGAAGUGUUGUGAAUGUAAGUUUGAACUUGUUUAA